UUCAAAGAUGGCGUCAGCUGUGGAGCAAUUGGUCUCUGGCUGCAUUUGUCGGGCUUGUUGUUGUCUGUGUUUCGACCGCGUUCUGGCACAUUUUCCUCGGCCACUCGACCCGAGAUUUCGGUUGCAAGUCCUUUUAAAGAAUAUUUAGUGGAUGUUCAGCCUGGAAUGAGGGAUCUGUUCUGGACCACCCAUUCCGGCAGAGUUUGGACAAGUUGUGACGAAGGCCAUCAAGGAAGGACUGGACUAUUGAACGAUAUUCUUACACUUGAAGCUUUUAUUUCCCCAAUGGGAGAAAUCAACAUCCAUCUGCUUGAGUCCCAUAAUUCUUCACAAAGAUGCACUAUCAAAACACAAAACACUAAGCUCCAGAACUAAGGAUUCUACCUGUCUGACUGUUUUUGAGACGUGCAGAAAACAAGACGCCAAAGGGUCUUUUCAGCUGGCCUAAAGGGAAAAAGUGUCUUGCAAUUUUGUUUUCUCUUGGAGUAAGUGCUGUGUCUGCCUGUUGCAUAGCUGCCCUCUUUGCUUAGGUGUGGCCACCCUUCACAUAGAAGGGUCACUGGAAUAGUGGGAUCUGUUUUAGGUUGGGGGGGGGGGGGUUAAGGAGCCUAUGCUAUGGUGAUCAGCUCCCUCUCUAACAGCUUCUGCUUAGGCACAGAGAGACUUUCUGCAUCACCCCGGGACAAAGGAUAGCCUCCUAGACGAAAAACAAGGAGGAGGUGGUGGAGGACAAGGCAGCGCCAGGGCAGAGGCCACUGGGUGCUUCCUAACGGUUGUAAAAGUGCGUUGGGCUCCUGCCCAACGGUAGUGCAGCAGCCAUGGUGAAGCUGGCUAACCCGUUGUACACCACUUGGAUCUUGGAAGCCAUCAAAAAGGUGAAAAAACAAAAGCAGCGGCCGUCUGAAGAGCGCAUCUGUAAUGCUGUGUCAAUAUCCCAUGGGCUUGACCGCAAGACAGUCCUGGAGCACCUUGAGCUCAGUGUUAAAGAUGGCUCUGUACUCAAGGUGUCCAACAAGGGCCUCAACUCUUAUAAGGACCCUGAUAAUCCUGGACGUUUAGCGCUCCCAAAGCCCAGGGCAGCAGGAGGUGGAGGGAGUUCUUGCACCUCUAGCUCCACCAAAAAACCUGGUUUAGACUGGAACAAGCUAAUCAAGCGCUCUCUGGAGGGGCUUCACGAACCAGGUGGAUCUUCUUUGAAGAGCAUUGAACGCUUUCUGAAAUGCCAGGCUGAUGUUGCGGGUUUUUGUCUGAGUGGCUCUAUGGCGCCAGGCCUUUUCCACCAGCAGCUCCGGCUGGCCCUGAAGCGGGCUGUUGCUCACGGGCGGAUUGUAAAGCAAGGCCCGCUCUUCCAGUUUGUAAGCAGGAGUUCUCAUAAUGACAGGACAGGGUGUGUAUCUCUGGAUUCUCUGCCACCAGUGCGUCUGCUGCCCCACGAACAGGAUCGGCCUGUGGCAGAGCCCAUACCCAUCUGUAGUUUCUGUCUGGGGACCAAGGAACAGAACCGUGACAAGAUGCCAGAAGAGCUCAUCUCCUGUGCAGACUGUGGAAACAGCGGUCACCCGUCUUGUCUGAAGUUCUCUCCAGAGCUCACGGCACGGGUUAAAGCUCUGUGGUGGCAGUGUAUCGAGUGCAAGACCUGCAGUAGCUGCCAGGAUCAAGGAAAAAAUGCUGACAACAUGUUGUUUUGUGACUCCUGUGACCGAGGUUUCCACAUGGAGUGUUGUGACCCUCCACUCAUGCGAAUGCCGAAAGGCAUGUGGAUUUGUCAGAUCUGUCGGCCGAGAAAAAAGGGAAAAAAGCUCUUGCGUGAAAAAGCUGCACAAAUCAAACGGAGAUACAAUGCACCACUGGGACGGCCGAAGGGCAGACCGGGCCGCCCAUUUAAGAAGCUUAGAGGUGGUGGCCGCGGCAGGAGAAGACGAGGUGCUGGAGGCUUGGACCAGUGCUCACAAGGCUCCUCCUCCCCACACUCUUCCUCGAGCUCAUCAUGUGAAGGCUACCCCGGUGACGAUCGCAUGCUGUUCUCUCUCCGCGAAGAAGAUUCCGAGCAGGGUGGCUUGCGCUUCAACAAAAAGACAAAGGGCCUAAUUGAUGCCCUGAGCAAGUUUUUUACACCGUCCCCAGAUGGGCGCAAAGCGCGCACUGAAAUGGUGGACUAUUCCCAGCAAUACCGCAUCCGCAAGAAGAACAACCGCAAAGGUGAACAGGAUGACAGGACAGGAGACAAUCAGGAGUCUAGUGAUAACUGGCGGGAGGACGAAGAUAAGCUGCCAGGACACGAGAACCUAACUGAGAAGGACGUGGAGCUCUUCAGCCAUAUUCAGGAUCUGGCACUACAGAAAGUCGGUGUGACUGGGCCACCUGACCCCCAUAUGCGCUGCCCAUCAGUCAUUGAGUUUGGGAAGUACGAAAUUCAGACGUGGUACUCUUCACCAUACCCACAGGAGUACAGCAGGCUCCCUAAACUCUACCUGUGUGAGUUCUGUCUGCGCUACAUGAAGAGCCGCAGCAUUCUCUACCAGCACAUGCGAAAGUGCAACUGGUUCCACCCACCUGCCAACGAGAUCUACAGGAAGGACGAUGUGUCUGUGUUUGAGGUGGAUGGAAAUGUCAGCACAAUAUACUGUCAGAAUUUGUGCCUGCUGGCCAAGCUCUUCCUGGACCAUAAGACACUAUACUACGAUGUGGAGCCCUUUCUUUUCUAUGUGCUCACACAGAAUGACGAUAAAGGUUGCCAUCUCGUUGGAUACUUUUCAAAGGAGAAGCAUUGUCAACAGAAGUACAACGUAUCAUGCAUCAUGAUUCUUCCACAAUAUCAGCGCAAGGGCUAUGGGCGAUUCCUCAUUGACUUCAGUUAUUUGCUGUCCAAGAGGGAAGGCCAGCCGGGCUCACCGGAGAAGCCUUUGUCAGACUUGGGCCGGCUGUCCUACGUGGCAUACUGGCGAAGUGUAGUGCUGGAGUGCCUGCAUGAGAUCAGAGACAGACAGCUUACCAUCCGCAGACUCAGCAAAGUCACUGGAAUUUGUCCUCAAGAUAUCACAGCCACCCUGCUUAAUCUCAACAUGCUGGAACAGAGGGGAGACCAGGUGGUUGUUCUGCGAAGAGAGAAACUGGUGGGCACUCACAUGGCCCGACUAAAGGCCAAACCUCGUCUACUUGAAGUUGAACCAGACUGCUUGCGCUGGACUCCUGUUAUCGUCAGCAACACAGUGGUAUCUGAGGGAGAAGGGGAUAACGAUGAGGAAGGAGAGGGUGAAACUAACAAAGUUAUUAAACACAGCCAAAAGCCUCACUCUCCACUCUCUUGGCAUGUGCCAGGAGAACGGGAAAAGGAGGAAGAGAAAAAAAGCUUCCCUACAUUCCCCAAGAGCCAAAGAUCUCCUCCACCCUCUUCUGUUUGCAACAGUGUACUCAGUCCUGAACGGCCUUCCCUUUUUCUUCCGACUAAUGGGGAACGUAGGGGACCUGGACGCCCUCCCAAAAACUGGUUAUGGGGCAAAGUGAAGGAUGCACCACGCCCAGGGCCUGGACGGCCUCGCAAAGUAAGGCCGCCAGAGGAUGAAGAUGAAGAUGAGGAGGAGGAGGAGGAGGAAGAGGAUAUAACUGACAUUAAUAAGGUCACAAGAUCAUCACCAACCCUGGCCUUAGAAAAUGAGUCUGACUCCACAUCAACCUGUCCUUUGGAGGAUCCCAGACAUCCUGCAGUUGCUCUCCCACGCAGCAGAGGGCGGCCUCCACAGAAGCGUGGCCCAAAACGCAGGCUCAGUGAUGGUCCUGAAGAUGGCCCACCAUCGUUGCUACACACCACAAGGCUGAGUGAACCCGCUCCAGUCCGACAAGCCUUUUUCAAUGAGAGCAGUGAAGAUGAGGAUGAUGAGGAAGAGUCAAGGACUCGUUCGCCACCUGUCCUCUCAAAGCCCACAUUAGGGCUUAAAUGCAAGAAGCCCUUACGAAAGCGGCGUGCUCGUCAGCGCAGCCACCCCCACAGCAGUGUAGUGACAGAGACCAUCUCGGAAACCACAGAGGUUCUGGAUGAGCCAUUUGUGGAUUCAGAUUCUGAGAGGCCCAUGCCCAGACUAGAAGAGGAAACUCCAUUUGGCAACCCUCUCCGACGCUACACAGCUGCCCGCAAACACAUGGGACCUGCCCCCAAGGGCAUCAGCAGAAGCAAUCUGACUGAAUCGGAGGAUGAUGAUCCCACUCCUGUGCUGAAGCCAGUUGCAGGCCUGAGAAGGCCUGAACCUUCAGAAACCACAACAACUGAGGUUCCUGAGGUCCCAGUAAAAAAGAAGAAAGGCUGGCCUAAGGGCAAGAGUCGCAAGCCAUUGCACUGGAAGAAACGUCCAGGGAGGAAGCCUGGUAGUGGAGUCAGUCAGACAGUUGACUCCAGUUUUGCAGUUCCAUCUGUAGAGGACCCACCGCCACCAAAGAUCAAGUUGAAACCUGGCAGGAAACCUCGCAGCUAUUACCUGCAGCGGGCCCAAGAGGAGGCAGCCAGACAGGAGUUUGAGCGGAACCAGCUCUCUCAGCAUCAAUUAGAUAAUUCAACACCGGAGGACAGGGCCUGUAAGAAAACAGCCAAAGCCUUAACAGUUGAUCUCAAUCCUGAGAAGCAGAAAGACUCAGAUGAAGAAGAAGAUGAAGAAGAAGAAGAAGAGGAUUUCCUUCAGAGCUUUAGACAACCAUCCAAACCCAAAAGACGAGGCCGACCCCCAAAAAAUGCCACCCUCCCUUCCCCUGUACCAAAACCACCUCCUGUGUCUGAACCAGAUGAGGAAGACGAGGAAGACAGACCAUGGUUAGUGGAGAAGACUUGCCGUCCACCACCUUGUACCAUUUCACAGUCUUCCAGCACCAAGGUCCCUCAGCCAAGAGCUAACACAGACAUGGCAGAUGCAGAAGAGGAUGAAGAGCAUGAUGAUGAAGAUUGUGAUAACAGGGUUAGUCGGAGAACAGCAAUGACACCAGGCUCAGGAAGCCGGCGUAGUGAUGAUCAUGAUGCAGAUGAUGAAGGUGAUGGUUGUAUGGAAGAGAAAAGUGACAGUGGCAGCAGCAGUAAGAGGAGGAAAGGUCAAGACUUUGAGGAUGACGAAGAAGAGGAACCAUCUUCGCCAGCUCACUCUCCACCUGUGAAAGAAGAACCACAAAGCAGUGAAAGUUUUGUAGACAUGCAGGGGAACAUGGCCCAUGACUAUGUCAGCAAACAGGAGGAGGGGGAGGAAGAGGAUGUGGAAGAAGUGGAAGAGGUUAAGACUAGGCCCCUUGAUAGUCAGGAUGAACGGAGACGACGAGAACAGGAGGAGUCUGCAGCAGCUGCAGCAGCUGUAGAGACUGUAACCACAAUCACAGCUCCCUCUGAACCACUGGACUUGCAGCCUCUAAAUGUUGAGGAAAAGGCUGUGCUCUUGAUAGACACAGAGCACUCAAACCAGCACCCCAAUUUUAAAGAUGACCUAAGCCACCACCAACACACGCAUCACCACAGUAGUGAGCUGGAUCUGGAAACUGUGCAGGCCGUUCAGUCACUUACGCAAGGCGAAGCGCAGGAGGAGGAGUCAGAGUCCCAUGGAGCCUACCAGGACUGUGAGGAGACACUGGCAGCCUGCCGCACUCUCCAGAGCUACAGUCACGGUGAGGGAGAGGAGGAAACAUUAGCCUUAGUGGAGGACUGUGGAGCUUCCCAGCACAGUCCCAUGCCCAACGCAGCAAUACCCACAUUACCGAACCAGUCUGUGCGUUCAGUCAACAGCCCUGGAAUGACUCCUGGUCCUAUGGAGACCGGACCAGGAGUGUCUGGUCCCACAGGAACUGGAGGGGGAACAGGUGGAGGGUAUACCCAAAUAACCCCGGAGCACCCCAGCUCUCUAUCAGCUCCCUUGCUGCAAAACAUGGAGACAUCACCCAUGAUGGAUGUUCCAUCAGUUUCUGAUCAUUCCCAGCAGGUUGUGGACAGUGGCUUUAGUGACCUGGGCAGCAUUGAAAGCACCACAGAAAACUAUGACAAUCCAAGUAGUUAUGACUCAACUAUGGGCGGUGGUGGAAAUGGAGGAGGAAACGGAAGUAAUGGAGGUGGCAUGUCUGCGGCAGUAGCAGUGGUGGCUGCUUCCUCAUCUUCGUCAUCUUCAUCCUCUAGUUCAGUCACACCAUCAUCUUCGCAAGGCAAUAGCUGCUCCUUUGUCUCAACUCCUGGAAUGGCUUCCUCCAGCACAGGGGUUGGCCCUCAAAUCGCCAUGGGAAGCUGUAGCCUUAUUCAACAAGCAGGUCCUGGGCCUACCAACGGACCUGGAUCUAACAGUGGUAGUGGCGUCCCACAGCCUCCACCACCACCGCCUCCCCCUUCUACCAACACUCCAAGUUGUAAUAUAAAGUCUCCACAAGGAUGUGUCAUUGAAAGACCACCAAGUGCCAGCCAGCAACAGCAGAAGAAGGUAUCACAGCCUCCUCAACAACAGCAAAACUCCCAACCGCAGCCUCCACCCUCUGCUCCACCACCCCCUCCACCUCAGCAGCAAGCACUCUCACAGUGCAGCAUGGGCAAUGGCUUCGGUUCCACACCCAUGAUCAUGGAAAUCCCUGAAAGUGCUGGCAGUGGAGGAGGUGGGCGGACUUUAUAUGACCGCAUGGGCCAGGACUUUGGUCCUGGAGCCUAUGGCCAGCCCUCUGCCACUUUUAGCUUAGCCAAACUCCAGCAACUUACCAACACCAUCAUGGACCCCCACUCCAUGUCUUAUUCGCAUUCUGCAGCAGUCACGUCAUACGCUACAAGUGUUUCUCUGUCCAAUGCAGGGUUGGCACAACUUGCAUCCUCUCCACACCCAUCCUUGUCUCAGGCUCAGCCCACUAUGACCCCAUCUCCAAAUUUGAGUUCUGGCUCCAUGAACCUUGGCUCUCCCUUGAUUCAGUGCAACAUGACAGGGCCUAACAUUGGACUUCCUCCCCCACCCCAUACACAGCGAUUGCAGGGCCAAAUGGCCACCGUAAAAGGCCACAUUUCGAUUCGGUCCAAAGCCUCUCAAAUUCCUGCUGGCUCCCCUCACCAGCAGCAAUUGUACAGUCGCAGCUCUGGUGCCGUGACCAUGCAAGGUUCCCCACGCACUCUAGCAGUGCAGCGUGGGAUGAUGCCCAACCUCAUGCCCACACCCGCUGCUUACAACUCUAUGAACAUGAAUCCACUAAAUGCUGCCAUGUCAGCUGGUUAUCGCAUGCCGCAGCCUAUGAUGAACAGUGGGUACCACAGUAACACACCCUAUAUGAACCAGCCAGCCCAGUAUCCCAUGCAGAUGCAAAUGGGCAUGAUGGGAGGGCAGGCCUACCCACAGCAGCCUAUGCAGCCCAAUCACCAUGGUAACAUGAUGUACACGGGCCCCUCACAUCACAGCUACGCUGGCGUCCCCAAACAGUCGCCUUACAUGAGCAGAUGAGCACUAGAGAACAAGUAGAUGGAGAGAAAGUUGAGAGAUGUUUUCAGUGAACUGCAUCUCUACUUUAUUAAUUUGUAUCCACCCUGCAAAGUCAGUGCCUAAAGGCAAAAAGGCAAGUGAGCUUGGUGGAGGACAAGGACAUAGAGACUGCGACAAUUUAUUUUCCUUUCUAAAAAUGUUGUCGUCAAGCUCUGUUCCUUUAGGUUCAUUUCCCAAUUACCUGAGCUGGGAAAUGAAACAUGAUCUGGGAUGAUCAUGGGAGAUGACCUAAUGGACCUUUAUUGAGGCAAGUGUCGUACUCUCACAGAUUGCCCCUAUCUGCCAUUGGUGUACCAACAGGGUUGGCUCCUCCAAAGGGUCCGUCACUCUGUCUAUGAGACAGAGGGAGCGAAGCAUUAAAGCAGCUAUAGGGGAAGUGGACCUUCCAAACUGAGAAACAAAUACAUUCAAGCUGUUAAUGAACAUACAUUGAAUCAUGCACACAAUCAUUCAAUUGAUAUAGGAAGCCUUACCUAAAAAGAGACAAAAUAAUUGUAGAUGGACUUUAUUUUUUCUUUUUUUAUUAUAUUAUUGUUAUUUACUUUAUUUUGAAUAUGUUCUCUAAUUUUUCAAUGACUGUUGAAAUGCUUGUGUUUGAGUCUGACCUUCUCGUGCUUUGUGCGUGGCUGAUUCAUACUCGCUCGCUCAUACACUCACCCUGCACAUAAAUACAUUUGCUCAGAUACACCGCUCUAAAGCCACUUGACGUGCUUACGUGGAGGCACUUGAAAUGGGGUUCUAGUCUGGACACACAAGGUAUCUUCCCAGUAUGGGUAUCGGUGUCUUCCCAGUAUGGAAUCCUGCAUAUCUAAACUUUACAGUGGAAAGAAUCCAAAACAGAGGUAAAAGACUGCGUCAUUUGGAGUUGUAUAUGUCUAAUAGUAAUGACCAAUUAUCAUUCUCCGUACAGUAGACUGGACCGAGAAGAAUUUUUUUGAAUCUAGUUAAUGUAAAUAUUCUGGUACUACCUGGUUCACAGCGCAGUCUGUGCUUUCACAAGCACUCCACAGAUGUCACUACAAGGCGCAGCAGUCUCAUAGAUUGCAGGUUUUUAACUUCAUUCUACAUAGUGCAACAUACACACAUAAUGUGGAGGAUAAAAAGGGUGUAACCACACAGGAACGUCUACAAAGCAGUCCGCUAUGGCUGUUAGCAUUGUAACUGUGCAUAUAAAUGAGGUUUAUGAUUCCUUCUAAAGUAGGCCUUACUGUGGCACCAGUAAGUAGUGCUCGUCGAACUCCAGCUAAUCAUGCGGGUGUGAUAUUAGCUGUUAGCAACGAGGAGAAGUUGUAUAAAUAAAAAGUAGAUCUGUGUCUGCAUUGCACACAUGGACCAACACACUCAUACCCGGGAUAAAGGUUAAAGUGCAUGAAGUUCUGAAAUGGUUACUGUUUUAGGACAAUGGACAGCGAAUUUCUUAAUGAUCCAGUAUUCCUAGUCAAUGAGAAAUCGUUCUCAAAGACCUGACGUUAUAUUAUUUGUGUGCUUUUGUUUUUCUGAAUUUUAUCAGACUGGGCAGCUUUCUUUUAUGACACAAGCUGACUCUUUUUGACUUUAGAAGACUUAUUGUAGAGAAAAUGUUUUUUCUAAAAUAUAAAAAAGAAAAAUUCUGACAUGGAUAUUGGUACUGUCAUUUUUUUCACUUCUGUUUCAGGAAAAAAAAAACAAUGCGUAUUUUUUAGCUCGACUCUUGGGGUAAUAUUAUUAAGAAAUUCAAAACUAAAAAAAUUACAACUUUUAGUGAAUUUAAGAUGCCUUUAACCUUUCCAUUCCAUCUCAUCUCUAGAGUUUUCUAUCUUUGUGUAGUAUAUUAAUGCUAUUUUAAAACUAAAGGAAAAUCAGAUAUCUAAAGGUCACUUAGCGUUAUUUUCUUUUGUUUUUCUUGGUUAUUGUGUGUAUAGGACAACUUCCUUACAUCUACGAGGCAUGUAAAAAUGAGCUCAGUAUAUUUCUGUCUGUUUAUAUUGCUUACCUUUUUGUAUUCUUUGUAAUUGUACAUGGUGAGUUGUAAGCUAAGAGAGAGCUUGGUAGCCGGAGAAAGAGAGAGACCCAAGCUUGGGCGCUCGGUGAUGGUCGUAAGCGUCCACCUUCCACUCCUCUCUGUUUUGUCCCUGUAUGUAUUUCCAUUUAUUUGUUUCUUUUUUUCUUAGCAAGUACUUUCAAAGAACUGUACAUUAUAACAUGAAACAAAAUAAAUUAUGUUGAGCCAU